AUGUUCGAAGAGAUCGGCUUCGAACUCACGCCCAAGAAAAGACAAAAGUUGUCCAUUAGUUCAAGCCCCGAGGAAAUCGAGUUCGGUCAUUGGCGGCAAAACAGAACUCAAAAACACGUCGCUAGCAAAGAAGCGAUGACCUUCGCCACGGUGGCAAACGUUGUAGCCAGUAGGGCAUCAGCCAGCGAAGGUCACCUACAACCUUACGUGGAGGCAGUCGAACCCACCCCCCCCAACAACCGAAAGCGUGGACGGUUCAAGAUGGGGACGGAACGCGCCAAUACAAACGACCAAAACGAUCGCUCCGCAAAGUGGAAGGAUGAAAGCACCGCCAACGAAAUGACUGGAUGUGCUUAG